AGCAGAGUGGGACAAGGCCUCGUGCGGGGUACAUGAUUGGAAAGUCAACGGCCAUUAUCUCAACAGAAGAGAGACAAAAAAGAAGAAUUCUAUCAUCACUUGCUCAGUCGUCGAAAAUGGAUCAUAGUGGGGCGCUUAUUGUGUUUCUCCUGUUCUAUGCUGGCACCUCUGUUCCACAACUCCAAGUGACCGGAGGAGGUCUAUGCGCUCACCUCAUACAACCUGCUGGUUUCUCUUGCGCUGAGCACCUCACUAAGACAAAGGAUGGUUACCUCCUUGGACUUCAACGUGUGUCGUCUCGCUCAGCAAUUGUCAGAGGAAAAAUGGGUCCUCCAGUUCUGCUCAUCCAUGGACUCUUCAUGGCAGGUGAUGCUUGGUUCAUGAAUUCUGCUAGUGAGUCAUUGGGCUUUAUUCUUGCUGAUCAAGGUUUUGAUGUCUGGGUUGGAAAUGUGCGUGGCACACGUUGGAGUCAUGGGCAUGUAUCUUUAUCGGUGAAAAAUAAGGAUUUUUGGGACUGGAGCUGGGAAGAGUUGGCUCUUUAUGAUCUCGCAGAAAUGAUUCGAUAUGUAAAUUCAAUCACAAAAGCAAAAGUUUUUGUUGUAGGACAUUCACAGGGAACAAUCAUGUCUCUUGCUGCUUUCACUAAGCCAGAUAUUGUGGAGAUGGUCAAAGCUGCAGCACUUCUUUGUCCUAUAUCAUAUUUAGAUCAUAUCACCACAGAUUUUGUGCUUGCAUUAGUCAAAAUGCGUCUUGAUGAGAUAAUUCUUGCAUUGGGCAUCCAUCAACUUAAUUUCAAAAGUAAUAUGGGGACUCAAAUCAUGGAUAUGAUGUGCGAUGGGCAUAUUCACUGUGACAUCUGGCUUAGUGCUAUUACAGGCAAGAAUUGUUGCUUCAAUGAUUCACGGAUUGAUUUCUAUCUUGAAUACGAACCUCACCCAUCAUCCUCGAAGAACUUGCAUCAUCUCUUCCAGAUGAUCCGUAAAGGUAGUUUUGCUAUGUAUGAUUACGGAAUGUGGAGAAACCUCAUGCGCUAUAACCAACCCAAGCCCCCAGUAUUUGAUAUCAGCCAGAUUCCCACUUCAUUGCCAUUGUGGAUGGGUUAUGGGGGCAAUGACGCGUUAGCAGAUGUCAUCGACGUCCAACAUACACUAAAGGAGUUGAAAUCCAAGCCAGAUCUGCUUUAUAUUGAGGAAUAUGGUCAUAUUGACUUCCUCCUGAGUAUAACGGCAAAAUCAGAUGUUUAUGAUGGCAUGAUUAGGUUUUUCAAUUCUGUACAAAAGGUAAGCAGUUUUAAGUAGUGGCUGAUUAGUAUGUGUCAUGUGUAGUGGUCCUGGCCUCUUCCUUGUCCAUAGUCUUGUACAUAGCAUGAUGAUGUGCUACCUCUUCAGAUCCUAAUAGUUUCUGGCAAAUAUGGUGUGUAUAUAAAACCAUUACCAGUCCUUGUAUAAGUGGUUUAAAAGUGCAGGUCUAUCAGUUCCUUGAAUUUCUAGGCAAAAGUUACUCCUACAGUACAUUAUGUUUCCAUAUAUAGUAUUGCAUUCCUACUCAUUGUCGUAAGGAAUUUGUUGCC